AUGGGUGUACCGGGGAAGUGGAUUAGAGCAUUGGUUGGUCUAAAGAAAUCAGAAAAGCGCGAGUCUUCAGAGAAGGAUGGAAAUGCUAGCAAGUUUCGCCAUCGAAGAAAGCAUUCCAUCGAAAUUGACAGUAGCAAACUUCAAAAUGAGUUUGGCGAUGAUGGCGCUACUCCUAUUGGAGAUGCAGAUCAUGCAAAUACCCAAUCAAACCUUGAUGCUCAUUAUUCUCCUUCUACUUCACAACAAGCACCGGAUGUUGCACAUAAUCCUCAAAUCACAAGUGAAGAAUGGGCCGCAAUAUGCAUUCAAACAGCAUUUCGAGGAUUUCUGGCCAGAAGAGCACUACGUGCUUUGAAAGGAUUGGUAAGGCUUCAGGCCCUUGUGAGAGGCCAUGCAGUAAGAAAACAGGCUGCAAUAACUCUCCGUUGUAUGCAAGCUUUGGUGAGGGUUCAGGCUCGUGUUAGGGCAAGGCGUGUUCGCUUGGCAUUGGAAAGUCAAACAGAUCAACAGAAACUUCAGCAACAGCUCGUAAACGAAGCCCGUGUUAGAGAAAUUGAAGAAGGUUGGUGUGACAGUGUGGGAUCUGUUGAAGAAAUUCAAACCAAAAUAUUAAAGAGACAAGAGGCUGCAGCAAAACGUGAGAGAGCCAUGGCAUAUGCUCUAGCUCAUCAGUGGCAGGCAGGAUCAAGGCAGCCUGCUGCUUCUUCGGGGUUUGAACCCGAUAAAAGUAGUUGGGGUUGGAAUUGGUUGGAAAGAUGGAUGGCUGUACGUCCUUGGGAGAAUCGCUUUCUUGACAUUAAUACGAAAGAUGGAGUAAAGGUAGACGAAAAUGAUGUUAUGGAUGGUAGUAGCAAUGGAAUCAGACCUCAGUUCAAGCCUACUAAUGCGAAAUCGAAUCUGCCAAACAUCCAUCCAAGCGUUGUCAGUCACAAAACCGGCCUUUCUCUCUCUGAUGGCUGCGAGUCUUCUUCCACUAGCAAGUCAGCAGGUUUGCUCGAGACAUCGAACACACAAUCUGUUAAACCAAAGUCUAAUGCAAAUGUUCAAAUUCCCGUUGAAGAAAACAACUCAAAAUCUGGUUUUCCAAGAUCCCAAAGUAAUCCAAAGGAGAGAAACUCACAGGUAGAUAAAGAUAAACAGGCGAAAAAGCGGUUAUCUCUUCCUAACAAUGGGAUUGGUUCCGGGGCUCAAACGACCAGAUAUCCUACUAGAACUAAUGUGAAAGGGACACGUAGCACACAAAAGCCUAUAAGGAAUAAACCUAAGCUCAAUGAAGAAGAGUCUUACUAA